AUGAAUCAGUUUGGUGUUAUCCUUUUUGUUCUCUCGGUCUUGUUCCUCCAUGUCAGAGCACAGACUGCAGAACCUUCAGGAGAUGCUGUCUCCAAUUUCCAGCCAAGCCUUGCAGUUGUCAUAGGAAUCCUUGGUGUCAUGUUUCUACUGACAUUCUUUCUUCUCAUGUAUGCGAAAUUCUGUCAACACCACGGCUCUUCAGCCUCUCUUGGGGACCAAGAAAAUCUACCAACUUUUGUGAGAUCAAGGUCUAGAUUCUCAGGAAUUGACAAGACUGUCAUAGAAUCACUCCCCUUCUUUAGAUUCUCUUCACUCAAAGGGUCAAAGGAAGGGCUGGAGUGUGCAGUGUGCCUAUCAAAGUUUGAAGAUGUUGAAGUUCUCAGACUUCUACCAAAGUGCAAGCAUGCUUUUCAUAUUGAUUGCAUAGACAACUGGCUUGAAAGGCACUCUAGCUGUCCUAUUUGCAGGCACAAGGUCAAUCCAGAGGACCACACAACCUUCACAUAUACAAACAGUUUAAGGAGGCUAGCAAACCAAUCAGGUCUAGGUGAAGAAUCUAACAUAGAGAUCUUUGUCCAGAGAGAGGAAGAGCAUCAUGGUUCAUCAAGAUUCAGUAUUGGAAGCAGCUUUCGGAAAACGGGAAAUGAUGUCAAAGAAGAAGAAUUGCUCAUCCAAAAGGGAGCAGAAGAUAGUGAUGGUAACCAGAAGGGGUAUCAUAAACACAACCACAUGAUUACUAUAUCUGAUGUUGUGUUCAAACACAGGUGGAGCAACGUGAGUUCUUCAGACCUUAUGUUUUUGAAUUCGGAGAUGUUGAAUGCUACAUCAAGCAACAGAUUCAGCAACUUCGAAUCAAAUGCUGACCUGACAACCCCAAGAGAGCUGGUAGAAAAUGAGCAAAUUAUGAACAUCAAGGAGGAGAUGGAAAGGAAGAUUUCCUUUGAGAGCAAAGUUAGUGCAUUAAGCAACAUCAAAUCAGUUUCAGAUAACGAUCGUCCUUUUACAUCAGAUUCUGCAGGAAAAUCAAGUCAUGCACCAAAGUCUGUGAACCCUGGUGAGAAAAGGUCAAUGUCAGAAAUCACUGCUGUCUCUAGAUUUGGAGAUUUAGGCAUGAAAAUGAGGGUAUUCAAGGAUUCUUCUUCUGUUCAGAACAACCUUAGAGAGGAAAGAAUGAGGCAGAUUUGGUUUCCAAUAGCUAAAAGAACAGCUCAAUGGUUUGUGAAUAGAGAAAAAAGGUCUCAGCUAUCUCUGAAUAUACAACAACCAAAUGAUGUAUAA